AGUGUCAAUUCAGCCUUACUGAUAAUAAGUUUCUUAGUUAAAUCAUGAAUACUGUGCUACUUAUUUUAUUAUUUAAUCAAUUCUUUGAAAUUUAUUCAGUAAAUCUACAUUGUACUUUUGACAUUGUUAAGGAUACGGAAUAUUUUAAAGGACUUGACACAUUUAUAGAAAAAAACUAUCAAGAUAGACUCGAUUUUUACAAGAGCCUAGUAUUUUAUCGAUGUACAUGCUGGAACAUCACAAUAACAUCCAAAGAUGAAAUUGUCGAGUCUUUUAUUGGAAAUCAUGUAGAGAAUUUUACGAAUGAAAAAGUUAAAAUGUUGGCUAUUAAAAACAGCACCGUGAAUUAUUUACCGACUGGAAUUAAAAACUUUAUGCCAACAAUUAGUUUUCUUAUGAUAAAUGACAUCAAAUUAUUUGAACUAUCUAUGGACAAUUUAAAGGAAUUUCCACGUCUGAAAUUCAUUUGGGCAGCUAAUAAUGAACUCGUUACAUUAAAUCCAGAUCUGUUUUCAAGGCAUGUAAUAAUUUUUGUUAUGGAUUUUUCCAAUAAUAAAUUGAAGCAUUUAGAUAAAAAUUCUCUUGUCAAAAAAUCAACUGAAUAUGCUGAUUUUCGCAAUAACGAUUGCAUGGAUAGAGAUUUUGAUUUUUCUGCAGACUAUCCAUUUGCUUCAAAAUUUCACAAGAGCUGCUUAUUUCCAAAUGAAAUUUUUUGUAGUUAUAAAAAAGUUAAUGACAAUUACAUUGCAACAAUUGAGGAAGGAAUGGAAUAUGAAGGAAUUAAGAAGACAAAGAUUAGAUACACUUCUAAGAGACUAUAUGAGGAUCUGCGUGUGAACAGAGUUGUAAAAAAGAUUUCCUCGACUUCACUAAACUUUACAGAAAUUCCAAAAAUAAUUUGUAAAGAGUUCAAAAAUCUAGAGGAGCUGGAAAUAGUUGGAAGUUUGAUUUCAAAGAUUUCAAUAGAUGAAAUUCGAAAUUUUGAACGUUUAAAAGUUUUAAGGAUGCCGUACAAUCUGAUUAAAUCGUUGCCAAGUAACACAUUUAUUUUUAAUAAAAACAUUGAGGUUGUUGAUCUUUCAUACAACAAAAUUGAAAGCAUUGGAUAUGUUUCAUUUUUAAUAUUACCAAAUCUUCAUACUUUGACUCUUUUAAGUACUUCAUGUAUCGAUGGAGCUGGAAGUAAAAGUUCAUCGAAUCUAGAAAUUUUUAUCAGCAAUAUUCAGGAGAAAUGCAAACUUAAUGACUACAUUUUGUGCAAAUAUUCAACGUCAAAUUUCCGAUACAUUGGAUAUACUUACUACUGCGAUAUUGUGAGAAGAAAAAUUGAUAAUUCUGAUAUAAUUUAUGGGAAUAAAUUCUUUGCUGCUCUUUUGAAUGAGAAAUUUGAAGAACUUGGAAUAUUUGAAAAAUUCAAUGGUGUAUUCGGAAAGCAUUUAGCAGGAAAGUCCAAUUCCGAUGUGGAAGUUAUAACUGUCAAAUAUGACAAUAGUAGACUAGUAGGAAAAUAUAUUAGCUAUCAUUUACCAAACUUGAAGACAAUUAAGAUUACACAUUCUAAACUGAGAUAUCUUUAUGAGGAUAGUUUUCAUGGGUUACAAAAUCUCAUGAUUGUGGACAUGUCCCACAAUCAAUUGACUGAAAUUCCUAAUACACUUUUCGAGCAGAAUAAAAAAAUGUUUUUUGUGGAUUUUUCUGAUAACAAUAUAAAACGAAUAUCCAUCGAGACUUUUGAGAUGUUUGACACGAGUAGAAUAAUUAGACUAGCUCAUAAUCCUUGUAUAGCAAAAAUAGGACAAAAUUUCGAAAAUAAACAAUUAGAUUCUGAUUUGAAUGGAUGUAAAGUGAAGGAAAUAGAAUUGUUUUGCAAUGAAGGUAUAAAAAGUACGAACAACGAUUGCUAUGUAACAAAAAUGGAGCAAAUGUCGGAUAUAUUACCUGUAAGAAGAGUUCACAAUAUCGAGGACAUGUCCAAAGUUAAAGAUUUUAUUAUUGACUUCGCACUAAUUGAGUAUUUGCCAACUAAUAUUUCAAGUUUCUUUCUUAAUAUCAAAGAAUAUUGCGCAUAUGGAGUCAUUAAGAAAAUUGUGAAGGAAAAUUUUAAAAAUCUUAUUUAUCUUGAGAGAAUUGAUCUUUCCAACAACAUGAUAGAAUUCAUAGAAGAAAAUGUUUUUGAAGAUAAUAAAAGAAUUGAGCAACUAUUCUUGAAUUUCAACAAAAUUAAAUCUAUUCCGUCAAGAACAUUUGAAAAUUUGAAAGGUUUAAGCAAUUUAGAGAUUAAGGAAAAUUCUUGUGCAAAUAUGUACCUCCAAGAGGCUUUAGAUUCUGGAAGAAGGCUUGAAGUCAUUAAAUACGUCUGUGAAGCUUUAUUGCCAAACAAUUUCAAAAAAGUUGAAAAAACCAUUCGAAUAUAUUAUUGAAGCUUCAAAUUUGUAUUGCCGAUUGAUUCAUAAAUGAUUUCCAUAACUUAGAAACUGUAUGAAAAUCAACGAUAUCUCAAAAAACGUUCAUAAUGUUGCGAUACUUAAGGUUAUUUUUUAAAGCUUCACAUUCAUGAAUAAUAAUAUUUUUUUAAACAUUCCUUACCAUCAAGUCUCAAGUAAAAUGUUAAUUAAUUUUGAUUGAAUCGUAAUAAAUAAUUUUUGCGUGAAAAUUCCUCGCUUUAAAGCUUGUCGGAGAUUUUCUUAAAGUAAAAUUAAAACUGAUUCAAGAUGUGAUUUAUUUACAGCAAACAUUUUCUUCACAUUUCCUUCAUCAUUUUGAAAAUACAUAAGCAUUUUUCAUGCACCGCACCAUAUUUUGUCACUGUCAUUGAGUGUAAUUUUUUUUUUGAGAAUCGACUGGCUUUUAAAGAAACACUUUUUGGCCAUUUCAUACACCAUUAAAGAGAUAACAAUUUGAGACUCGUUAUUUAUCAUUAAUUGCCUUUUUUGUCAUUAAAUACAUGUAUAUGAUACUACAUGUAAUGGACUAUAGAGUAGCCAUAACAAUUAAGGAAUAUUUAGUGAAAUUGAAACCUUGUUGUUGAAAACACAUUUAGGAUAUGUACUACUUAAAUUAUGGUAAAUAAAAUGUUUAAAGGUAAUGAAUGAAGAAAAACAGAGUUCUGACUCCUUUGUUGAAUCCGUAAAAAAUACUUUAAAUUAUAAGUUUUAACAAAAAUUUAACAUAAAACCAGCUCAUAAAAUUAAAUUAUGCAAAAACUGCAAACCAUUGAGCAUGAAAAAAGUAAUUAAAUUGUGGAUUUGCACGUGAGAUAUAUGAAAUAAAAAGUACCAUUAAUUGAAUGUAAAUUAAUAUCAAGUGAUUAAGAAAAAGUUUAUUUCUGCAGCAUAUCGUAUACCUUUCUGUGUUGAUUCCGGAAUAUUCCAAAGAACAGACAAAGAGAUUAAGAAAGAACAGCAAGAAAAAGAACUUAAUGAAAUGAAAAAGUUUAAAAUAUCUUAAUUGAACGUACAUUCAUACCCAUGCAGGGAUUUAUUAAUGAUCCGAUAUCGUGAUGUUCCAUAAAUUAAUGUGAAUUUGAAUACGAACAAUAAAUGAAGCAAAGAGAUGAUUAUCGAUAUUAUUUUUUUUUUGAAAAUUUUC